GUGUAACAGAAUAAUAGUCUAUAGGAAUAGAAUAAAUAAAUAAAUAAUAGUCAUAACCAGAUGAUGGUGUGUGUACUCGGAAGUGGGCAGUACUUAUGUACUUUAUUCAAGUUAUAUUAUUUGCAGCAAGUUGUCGUGUGCAUAUAUAAACUAUAAACAGACAUUGUUGAAUUGCGCAGGCGCUUUUUUGGGCUUUUAACUCGUUCGCCGUUGAGUUGGUUCAAGCAUCGCAAGCACUUUGCUAGUCCUCUCGUGGACGUCUACCGGUCCGGUUUCUGACUUGAUUUACAUUUAUAAUAAAUUUACCACUACAUAUACACACAAACACACAUUAUCACUCGCUAAAAUCAUAAUAAAUAAUCGUGUAUUUACAUUUUAUGCAGUGACGUUUUUUUAAACUUUUAUACGACUAAUUGUCAGACAAAUUUAUUUAUCCUCCAGCACAAUCUGUAAAUUACACUAAUUUCUGUGGGAACUUUUGGCUCUUAAAAUAGUGCUGUGAAACUAAAUAAUCAUGCAUAUUUCGAUACAUAUUUGGAAAUAUUAAUCCUAGUAAAAAUAUCGUUAAUUAAAAAACCAAAACCUAUGCGUUGAUAGAGCGGGAAUUUUUCAAAUUUGAAUGCACUUUUUCACGGUAUUAAUUAAGUCAGCUGUCAUCGAGGGAUUAUUAAUUUUUCAUCGAUUUGUUAUUUCGUUUCGCUUAAUGCUAUUACUCAGCUAAAUUUAUUUGUUAAUAUAAAGUAUUAUAAUUUUAUAAUUUUUUAUAAAUAAAUUAUUUCCGUGCUGUAAAAUUAUAAAAAAUAAUAAUAUUUUUUAUUAUAUUCAUUUUUCCAUUCGUUAAGAGUGUCGUGUUCUAGUGCUUGAGUUUAUUUUUUAGUGGAUCUGAAGAAAAAAAACUUGUCGACCGAGUUCAUUUCGUUAAAAGAAGGUCAAGAGAGUUGGCAGCAGCAUCAUUUGAUACUGCUACUGACUUAAACCAUUGAGCAAAUAUACUUUUUGUCACCUCUGUGCAUAUAUUUGUAUUUGUGUUUUGACAUUCUGCAGCUCUGCGGCAAGAGGGAAAUGUAAAAAAGGAAAAUAACUGAUGAAAAAAGCUGGGAUGGGAAAGGAAGACAAAGGGGUGAUUUUGUAGUGGUCACGUGAUUGGUCGCAUCAAAUGCUGUCAGCAGUGGCAAUUGAAAGCUGGUGUGACUGAAAAUGAGCGCGAUGCAAACGGGACGUGACAACGAACCGGGGCCAAAGCUCGUAGGCUUGCAAACGAACAUUCUAAUUUAUCUAGUACUGUCUCAAUUCCUCAUACAAAUUGGCACGUUUAUAUACCUGUGUGCGUACAUAUCACGGUUGGAGAAUGAGAUUCAAGAGUUAGUUGCUGAGGUUACUGACACUGACGCUGAAAAUACUAUUGACGGUACUAAUGAUUCCGUUAGAAGAAAACGUAGUAGUGCUCUUCCACUUCCUGAAGAUAAUGCGGUCUCUGAGGUCUUUAGGAUUAGGGAUGAAAAAGAUUCAGUGAAGGAGACGAAAAGAGGCACAGCUUCACCGGAAGGAGCACCCGGUGAUACGAUAUCAUCCCUGGUACCCAACAGCGACAGCUGGCUCUGGUUGACGGCUGACACACGUGUACCAUUCGAUGCAAUGGACACAUUGUGCAGAAAAUCUGCAGAAUAUUGUCCGCCAGGAUUACCGGGUAUACCGGGACCACCUGGAGUACCUGGAGACCGCGGAUUACCUGGGAUAGCAGGUCCAAUAGGGCCAGAAGGGCCACCAGGUAUUCCUGGAUACACUGGAGAGCGCGGACCUCGUGGGGAACCCGGGCCACCUGGUCUAGACGGCCGCGAUGGCAUCCCCGGCGAACCUGGGCUCGAUGGCAUCCCUGGCAGAAGUGGCCUUGAUGGAAUUCCGGGUACUGAUGGGAAAUCCGGUCGCGAUGGAAUCCCUGGAUUACCUGGACGAAAUGGCACUGAUGGCAAGCGAGGACUCAAAGGUGCUACUGGAAAUCCCGGACCUCAAGGACCCCCUGGUGCCCGAGGAGAACGUGGUAUUCCUGGAACUCCGGGCAAAGACGGGAGUCCUGGAAUGCCCGGAGUGGUGGCAUGGGAAGUCAGGAGAAAUGACAGCAAAACCAAUGAACUGCUCAUACCGCCCUCUAUUCUCAGUGAAAACUUGCCGCAACAUGUUACUUCUGUGCCAGAACGGUCAUAUUUACAGUUGCAGUGUGGAGCCAGUGGUAAUCCGAGGCCAGUUAUCCAGUGGUCGAAAAUCAGUGGUAUGGCCAUACCUAUGGGCUCUUGGCACGUUUCGUCAGUAAUUGGAACUAUUCUAAAUAUUACUGUUGUUAACCGAGAGCAUAUGGGCGAAUACAUGUGUAUAGCUGACAACGGAAUACCACCCCCGGCGAGUUACAAAUUUCGGCUCGAGGUACAAUUUCCACCUUUCAUUAGAGUAUGUCACCAAGUUAUAAAAGUCCAGUUAGGCGGAAUGGCGAUAUUAGAAUGCGAGGUCGAAGCUUUUCCGGAGCCAACAACAUGGUGGGAAAGAGACGACGGCAAACCCUUGGACAUAUCGCCAAAACACCGAAUGGAAAUUUAUGACAAAAGAGAUCUAUACAAAUUCAAAAUGCGUCUCAACAUCACCAAAAUAACUUAUCAAGAUCACGGGUCUUAUCACUGUACCGCUAAAAAUACAAUGGCCAUAACAAAGGGCACAGUGAUGGUUUAUGAUGGCACAAAAAAAGUAUCGAUGGAUAGUGGAGAGUUACGACGGGAGGUGGUUUAUGGUGAGCGUCCACCCAAAAAAGUUGAUAUCCAUGAUAUUUGUCCGCCUCAACUCAGUUGUGACAAUUGUCCUCAAAAUAAAUGCGGUUUUUCCGACUUCGGCGGAUGUUUCGACAUCAGGCCACUCGCUACACAUGAUAAUUACACUGGAUUGCCUCCUCGGCAGGGUGUGGGCAUACUGGAAGCCGUUGGGAAACCCGUAUUCAAAGGGAAUAUGGAUGAUACUCACGGAUAUUGGAUGUAUGAUGCUCUACCCAGAACAGAAUCUAUAUCUGAGAAACUAUGGGUUACACGUAGUAACAAUUCCUGGUAUAUUUUUGAAUAUAAUAAAAAAGAUGAUGUCAAGAGAGGUCAAUCACGUGCUAUACGUUUACCCUAUCCAUUCAAGGGUAAUGGUCAUGUUGUGUACAAUGGAUCAUUUUUCUACAACCCAGAAAAUCGAUCGUCGAUAUAUAGGUUGGAUUUAAGUACUGCCCAAACAACUCACAAUACACCGCACUAUAGCAUGGAAUUAAUUUUACCAGGAUUAAAAAUAAACAAUAAUAAUUAUUUGUACUCACGUGACCACGACUCGAGUUACGUGGAUUUUGAUGUAGACGAAAAUGGUUUAUGGGUCAUUUAUGGUCUGCCGUUAAACUAUACAGCUGUGCUAAAAGUUGAUAUCGUAAAAAUGAGAGCUCAACAAGCCUGGAAUAUAAGCAUCGAUCAUCAUAGAUUCGGAGAAAUGUUUAUUGCAUCCGGUGUUCUUUAUGCAGUUCACAAUGUGACUGGUCCUAGUCUGGAAAUACGACUAGCGCUGGAUUUAUACAGGCACGCGAUACUAGAUGUACACUUGUCCUUUUCGAAUCCGUAUCGCAAAACGACAAUGAUACGUUAUAAUCACAGGAUGAAAGAAUUGUAUACGUGGGACAAAGGAAAUUUACUAGCAUAUCCGGUUAAAUAUCAAGACACUAAUAAUACAAGUGGACUAUAUUAAUUGUAUAUUUUGAAAUAAGAAACCAAUAAAACUAAAUAAAGUAAAAUUAAAUUAUAAGAUAAUAAUUGAUCAAUUUACAAGAGUAUUGCGAGCCAGAAGUUUGAGCUUCUGAUCUGCGGGAAAAGUUUUAAAGUUUCACCAAGAUCUGUCUUUUAAUUAAAUAGCGUCAGUAUCGAGUUACUUCCGGGUAUCGUCGACUUACGAAGACGAUCACGUGAUUGAAUUCUCUCUGAGCACAAUCAAUAAUUAUAAUUAUAAUUAUAAUUAAAAAACUUGCUGUCAUAAUUUCUCAUUUUUAUUAUGUUUUUUUAACUUUAAUAUAUAUCUGAUAUUUAUUAGUAUAAAUAUAAAUAUAUAUAAUAUAUAACUAAUAAUUUUUUAUGUAUGUUAAAUAAAGAUAAUUAUAUAAUUAAA